CAUAAGUCUGAAUGUUAACACUCUCUUUCUGACCUUUCACACGUUUACAGAUGCACUCUGUUUGUCAGGAACUUGAGAUUCUUGGCAGGCAUCAGCACCCAGAUUUAACUCUUCCUUUCUUAAAGGCAGUUGCAGAAGUUGCAAAGGCAUCAAAUCAUGAAGCUUCUUCAUUGCCAGCUCAAGCAGAAUCUAAUAGCAUGCAUGUCAAGGUCAAAGCAUCUGAUAUGAUGAAAUAUGGUCCUGGCACAAGCUCAGUUUUUCACGAGAACAGCAAUAUGUCUGGACCAGUGGAAUGGGAAACUCUCUUGCUCAAGUUGAAUGAUUCUAAAAGGUACAGACGAACUGUUGGAUCCAUUGCUGGCUCAUGCCUAAAGGCAGCAACCCCUCAACUAGCUUCAUUGGAGCAAGCUGCAUGCUUGGUGGCCUUGGAUAUAGUGGUGGAUGGGAUUUGUGCCCUAGACAAAGUUGAAGCAGCGUAUAGGAAAGAGGUGGAGGCUAAAGAAGCAAUUGAAGAAGUGAUUCAGCUAUGUUCAUUAUAUCAGCUAAAAGAUACAAUCGAUGUUGCUGAUGAUGGAGCAGAUGAGAACAGGUUGCUUCCUGCAAUGAACAAAAUUUGGCCUUUCUUGGUGGUCUGCAUUCAAAGUGGAAAACCAGUGGUUGUCCGGAGGUGUUUAAGUGUGAUAAGCACUGUAGUGCAAGUUUGCGGAGGAGAUUUCUUUUCACGUCGCUUCCACACUGAUGGGCCCCACUUCUGGAAACUUUUAACCACAUCGCCAUUUCAGAGAAAACCCAAAUUGAAAGAGCCAGGAACAUCAUUGCAGCUUCCUUACAGAAGCAUUUCUAUUUCUUCAGAGGAGUCAUUAGCUGAAGUUUCCAAUUUGAAAGUCCAUAUUGCAGUGCUCAAUAUGAUUGCUGAUCUGGCCCAGAACAAAAGGAGCGCUUCGGCAUUGGAAGUCGUCCUCAAGAAAGUCAGUGGUAUUGUGGUGGGAAUAGCUUGCAGUGGUGUUGUUGGUCUCCGAGAUGCAUCUGUAAAUGCGCUACAAGGCCUUUCAUCUAUUGACCCUGAUCUUGUAUGGAUUUUGUUAGCUGAUGUAUACUAUUCCUUAAAGAAAAAGGACUUGCCUUCGCCACCCACCUCAGAUUUACCCGAGUUUUCCCAGGUUUUGCCCCCACCAUCGACACCCAAGGGAUUCCUUUAUGUUGAGUAUGGAGGACAGACUUAUGGUUUCGAUGUUGAUUUUAGUUCUGUUGAAGUUGUUUUCAAGAAGAUGCAUUCUCUUGUAUUUUCUGACCAAAUUUACUAUUAAACUUACCAAAUAAAAUUACUGUCAUGGUAAUGAAUUUCUUGCUUUGGCA